AUGGAUCUGGAGGAUCUUCCACCAUUUAGGCGCUUGCCCUCUGAGCUUAUCAGACUCAUCUUUACCCUUUUAGUCAAUGACGAACCCACGAGUCUCCACAAUCUCAAAUUAGUUAGCAGAUUAUUCUACAACCACGCUAGUAGAGCAGCCAGGUCUAUAACCUGCCGCGAUAUCGUGAUCAAGGUAUGCGGACACUAUGCCUUGACAAAACCAACCGAGAAGAUUGUGGCAGAGCUUAACCGGACAAGGGGUUUCCACUUUACUCGCCGGCUCAUAAUUGAAGAAAGCGAUUCCACUUGUAAGGCGGAAGCUCCUUGUAAGGCGCUUUCUGGUUGGCAUCCGCCUGGGCUUACUGAGCUGAGACGCACGGAUCUGGAUGAGCCAUAUGAGCCUACGUGUGCUGCAACUUUGGAGGAGACACCAUUGUGCCCGGACACUCGCGAUGGGGACGUCAAAAUGGGUAACAAACGACACCAUGUGUGGAAGCCCGUGGCAGAGUUAAUUAGACAUCUGCCUGCGCUGACAGAUCUGUUCUUCAGAUGCGGCGGGCAGUUUCCUGUCUGUAUUCUUGAUGCCAUGCAUCGCUGGGCACCCACAUCGAGGCUACACCUCCAGACAUUCAACUUGCAGGGUUUGGAAACACCCAUAGAAGACUCCGAAGAGCACAAGUUGGUGUCCUCGUCACACUUGCAUAGCAUCAUGCUGCAGUACAAUGAAAAAGGUGUGUAUAGCUAUGACAACAGCCCCUGCUACCGAAUGAAGACUUUACAACGUCUGGUAAAGUCAGCCCCGAAUCUGAAGGAAGUGCAAAUCACCCGUCGCGAGGCUCCCAAGAACUUCACAACUGUCCCUAUACCUAGUGUUUUGCAAAAGCCCAAGACAGAAGAGCAAGAUAUCUUUCUGGCCCCUGCAUCGCUAAAACUCUUGCGAGUCAUUGACCUGGUCCCUCUGGCAGCUAUGACACUCAUCGAAUGGGGAAAGCACACCAACUUCUCUGAGCUAGAGACCCUUGAACUGUGUUCAUUGGCCGAGCCGAAGGCGCUAAUUGCCUGGUCCCACCAGCUGGAGUUCCCAAAACUAAGAGUCUUAUACUUACAGCUCAAAGCCCCUGCUUUUCUCGAAGAGGACGCUCCUACCACCGAGCUCUACGAGGCCGCAACUCAAUUCUUAAAGAGUCUCCCAGCACUGAGGGAGCUAUACUUGGAGGGCUGGCAUUCAAUGGUCUCUUUGGAUCCGCUUGUUCAUCACCAUGGCUGUUGCUUGCGCAAGCUAGACCUCGCAGGUCCCCAGGCCUGGCAAUGUUUAACUGAACGUGACAUCCUCCAGCUCGGGAAACAUUGUCCGCUUCUGGAAAGCCUGGAUCUCGUGAUCCCACGUUCCCAGGGCGACGCCACCGAAAUUGCCCUAUAUAAAGCUAUAGGAACCAUACCACGGCUCAGAUAUCUACACUUACACCUAGACGUAUCCGAUGCAUCACUCGGUAGAAGUCAAGAUAACUUGGAAACUGAUAUGAAUCAAGAGUUCCGUCACGAUUUCAAUCUAGUUCGGAAUAUAAACACUAAACCACCUAGUGAACCAUCAUUCGAUGAGUUCGGCAAUAAUUUCUCCAUCAAGGACUUAGGGGGCUUCUACCGAAGCCGCAACGGACACGUCCAACGAUUAUUUAGAAACAGCGCCAUAGAUCCGAACCUCGCAUGUUCGAUCUUCAAAGCCAUAUCCGGAAACAAGGUCAUAGGCUCAUCAAAAUUGGAAAGAAUGAUUAUUCGACUUCAAUGUAGCGCAUUUGAAACGGGUACCUUGUUAAGUCACUUGGUCCAUAUUUUCCCUUGCGCGUGGCUAGUCGAGCGGAAUUCACGGGAUGAUCGUCGUGAUGAAGUGUUUGCUACACAGGUUGCUUCGUGUCCUUAUGACGAGAUUUAUUUCAAGUCGAAGUUUCCGGAGUUUGUGGAGCCCUUCAAGGAUGUUUUUAGAAGUGUGUGGCCGAGGCCGGUUGGGAUGGAAGAGGAAAGUGCUUGGUGGAAUGAUUGGUGGAGCUUUCCUCUUGAAACUGAUGUUGUGAUGGGUUAA